AUGCAAGGCGGUGGCGCGUCCGAGACCGCGCAGCAGAUCGUCGAGUUCGAGGAGUUGGUAUCGCGUCUGGAUCGCAUCAACGACGUUGUGAUUCGGCGACCGUCGACAACGACGACGACGACGACGACGUCGACGACGUCGACGUCGGUGCCGCCGCCGGCACGAGCGUCGUUGCAUCUUCCCGGCGCGGCAUCGUCCCUGCCUUACGACUAUCUCAUCGCGGAUGCGACGCGUUCGCCCGUCAACGACGAGCAGCAACGGGUGCGCGUGCACAUCGGCAUCGACGAGGAUCUGCGAAUGAUCCUCGAGAUGGACCCGUCGAUCGUCGACGGGACCCUCGACUCUGGUUCGCCCGAAAGUUGUCCCACCAUGGCACGACCGUUGCGCGCCACGCGACCGCAAGGCUGUCCGCCGACGUUCAAAACAGCGACGCCGACGUCGCGCACGCAAUUGAAGCUGCAGCUGAUGCGGGAGCAGCUGCAGGAGCAAGAGAGGCGACAGGCGGAAUUCCGGCAGAGCUUGCAGCAGCAAAGGCCAGCUGCCGCACCGCCUCGGCCAGUGCCACCUACGCCGUUGCCCACUAUCGGUGUGGAUGUUCCACCGCAAGUAUUACAAGUGCGCACGCUGUUAGAGAAUCCAACUCGCUAUCACGUCGUGCAAAAGCAGAAGAACCAGGUGCGCCAAUACCUACACGAGUCGUUUCGUGGCGGUGAGGGCGGCGGCGGUGGCGGCAGUGCCGGCAAUGCGGUCGUCAGCGGCAGCGCCGGUAGCGAGGGCGGCGGCAGGACACCGGUCGACACCGGGCCGCCACCCGUCCCCAUGGUGGUGCAAAGUGCACCGCCCGGCCCGCAGCUGCAUCACCCGAAGCCGCAGCAUCCUCAUCUCGCCUCGUAUCCGCACGCCCCCGCGCUGCUGCCGCAUCACCCUGGUAACCCGACGGUGGUCUCGGCAAGCCUGGACCCUACCACCACCGGCACCAUGUCCCCAGGUCUGUCCAGCGUCGCCACGAGCAACUCCGAGGCUGAGGACCUCCUGGACGACAUCCUGUCGUUUGAGGCUGGUUCCUUGGGUGACGGACUGAAAGACGGCCAAGCUGGAAGUCUCACAAAUAUACCGGAGCUUCAAAUUAAACCAGAACCUCUUUUGCUGACCGAGGCAGAGAUUCAUGCUCUCGCGAAAGAUCGGCAGAAAAAGGAUAAUCACAAUAUGAUUGAACGACGGCGGCGUUUCAACAUCAACGACAGGAUCAAGGAGCUCGGCACCCUCCUGCCCAAGACCAAUGACCCAUAUUAUGAGAUUGUUAGGGACGUUAGACCGAACAAGGGUACAAUUCUCAAGUCUUCGGUGGAGUAUAUAAAAUUGUUGAAAAAUGAACUCACGAGGAUGAAGCAGAACGAGCUGAGGCAUAAACAAUUGGAGCAUCAGAAUCGCAGAUUACUUCUACGCGUGCAAGAGCUCGAGCUGCAAGCGAAAGCACACGGUCUUCCGGUUACCGACUUUAACUGGGCGUCUACUUCCGCUAUGCUCAACACCUUUUCGAGGAGUAAAUUGGAGCAACGAAAGAUACCGGAUCUGGCGGUGACGGAGGAAGCGACGAGUCUGAGCAUGUCGCAUCUCGAGGACCUCAUGGAGGACGACACCAGCGGCCCCGUACACAGUGGCGACCCGAUGCUGUCGUCGCCGCACCUGCCGCCGUUGAGCCCACCUGCGACCGGCUGUCACCACGGCUUAACCGACGAGGACACCCUCGGCAGCCUGGCGGUGACCACGUCGAACUCCUCGUCCGACAUGGACAUCGUCGCGUAGUUGAAAACCACCGUUGUCCAUCAGCCUCGCGGGUGA